AGUCAAAAGUAGAGGAGAAUUUUAGGGUUCUUGCGCUUGGCAGCGCUGCGCUGAGGGUUUAGAUUGGAGCGCGCGCGCGCCUGGGCCCGGGGAUGAUCUACUCUCUGGUGGCUCAGCUACUCGCGGCGGCAUGAAUCGUCAUCUGCUGUUCGUCACCAGCGUUGUCGGAUUCUCGCUCGUGGGAUUCUACGUCGCGGAGCUCGUGGAGCAGCGGUACAAGCGAUCGAAAUAUCAAGAAGCGCUGGAUCAUCUUGCGGAGCUCAAGGCCCUGGAGAGCGCGUCUAUGCUCGAGACUGCCAGUGAGCGCAAGAGGAGCGAUUGAUUGUCGCGGUAGCGUAGUGUCAAAUGAAGGAUGCUGCUUCACUUUCGAGAUCCAUCAAAGCUCAAGACAAAGAGAGUGGUGUUUGAGGCUACGUACUAUGCCCGCGACUCUGGAACCUUGGAACAGCUCAAGGAUCUCAGCACUAAAAGGAAAGCGAUUGAAGAAUCCAUCAAUGGAAGUAGCAAUCUCACCGCCGCAAUUGCGAGAGAGAUGGCUGGCGGCGUUACAUCUCCCAUCUUGCAGGACCUACAAAAGCUGGAGAAGUAUCUUCCUCUGCUUGAGAAUCUAGUGGCAAACGUGCUACAGCAGCAGAAUUUGCAGAUCCUGCAGUGGACAAGUGACUUGAAACUUCGGUGGACGAGUGCUUUGUGUGGUCCUUCCGGCCAUGGCUUGGGAGGGCCGAAGUACUGCCGGAUUGACGAUCUACGUUUCGAGCUAGCAAUGAUGCUCUCUCUUUAUGCGGCGUUGUUAAGAGAAAGAGCCAUGGAGUUGCUUGCGACCGACUUAGUCGAGUCCGCAAUGCUUUUCCGUAGAGCGUCCGGUGUGUAUCAUCACUUGUCCCAGGAUUUGCUUCCAGGAUUGCAGCCGUUACUAUCAUUGGACAAAUCUCCCGAGCUUACUUCGUCAAUGACAACGGCGAUGAGUCUUGUUUGUUUGGCUGAGGCGCAGGCCGUCACCGUUCGCAAAGCCGAGCAAAACAUGACGAGCGGGAGCCUCGUCGCGAAACUCCACUAUGGCGUCGUGAUGUUUCUCGAGGAAGCCAUCAAUCUAUUGCAAGCUAGCUCCACUGACUGGAUUGACGUCUCAGACAAGCUAAAGAGGUUCGUGACUGCUUCCAGUGUUCUCCACGAGGCGAGAUGCCGGCGACUCAUCGCGGAAGAGUUUAAGAAGAUCGAGCGGUUGGGCAUGGCCGCGGGGAUUCUCCGUCUGGUGUCGAGGAAAGCACACCUUGCCAAGCCUCCAGGGGAUGGUACGUCCAAGCUGGUGUUCAAGGCAGAGAUCACAGCACUGAACGAGAUGCUGCGAAAAUGCGAGCACGAAAACGAUUUCAUCUGGCGAGAGAAACUCCCACAGCCCGACGAGAUUCCACUCAUGGAAGGGAAGAAAAUUGUGUCGGCGAUUCCAUACAAGGCAUCGGGUCUGUGGCGAGAGCUUAUCUUCGUGGUGUGAUGGAAGAAGGCUUUUUUUUUUUUCUCGAGGAGACAAUUUUGGAAUAAAACUAGAAUAUGCGGUCGGAUCUUUAUAAGCA